UAGGACUAAACAUAUUUUCGUAAGACAACAUAGUAAAAUGUUCUUACAAAUUAACAAUUUCAAACACAAAUCCAUAUAAAGACUCUUUAAAAGGAAACUCACCACCAUUGUAGCUAGACAAAUCUCUCAAAUCCUCGUCAUAACAGCAAGCAAAUAGGCUAAGCGUAUCAUACUGAUCAGGGUUCUGAUUUAGAUUUUUUAGCUAGAGAGAGAGAUGAAUUUGAGUGAUUUAAACAAAGUAUGGGAAAUCAAAGCCCUAAAAAAACCAGGAGAAGAGGAAGCCAGAAGGAUGUUAGACAAAAUAGCCAAACAGGUGCAGCCCAUCAUGCGUAAACACAAUUGGCGUGUCAAGCUUCUCUCUGAAUUCUGUCCAAACAACCGGUCUCUUCUGGGAUUAAAUGUAGGAGGUGGGGUGCAUGUGAAGUUGAGGCUUCGGAGACCAAACAGGGAUUUGGAUUUCUUUCCAUUCCAUCAGGUUCUUGAUACAAUGCUUCAUGAGCUUUGCCAUAAUGUUCAUGGUCCCCACAACGCCAACUUUUACAAGCUCUGGGAUGAACUCAGAAAGGAGUGCGAAGAGUUGAUUUUCAAGGGAAUCACUGGCACAGGAGAGGGUUUUGAUCUUCCAGGGAGGCGUUUGGGUGGGUUUUCCUGCCAACCUGCUCUGUCAUCUCUUCGCAAAACUGCCCUAGCUGCUGCGGAAAAGAGGGCGAAAUUAGGAUCCAUGCUGCCAUCUCAGCCUAAAAGGCUUGGAGGUGAUAGUACCAUCAUGGCUGCACUCAGUCCAAUACAAGCUGCUGCAAUGGCUGCGGAAAGGAGGUUGCAGGAUGAGAUAUGGUGUGGUUCUCUGUUGGCUGAGACUGAUGAGACCUCUGGUGAUGGAGAAACUAGCUCUGAUAUUGCAGAAAACCCUGUAUCUAUGGGGGAAUUUACAGAAAGCUCAAGGUUACAUAACUGUAGAAAAAGAGGUUGUGAAUCAAAUGACAGAACAGCUUGUUUAUCUUCCAAUGGACAUUCAGUUUCAGAUUCUAAUUUUGUGGAUUUAUCCAAAGAUGCUUCAACAUCUGGGUCUAUGCUCGAUCAUGGCACCAACCUUAGAAAAAAAAUUUGCAAUUCAUAUAAGGAUCCAUUUCCUGAUACUACUACCCACAUAGAAGGUAGUUUCAUUGAUUUAACGAGUGAUUCAAUUUUUGGAUCCACAACUAAUCUCGAUACAAGACAUGUUCUAGAGGCACCUCCUUUAACCAGUGAUUCAUCCUUUGGUUCCAUAUGUAAUUGUGAUACAGCACAUACUCCAGAGGCAUCUUCUUUGUGGGAGUGUGGAACCUGCACACUACUGAAUCCACAACUAGCCCCAAUAUGCGAGCUUUGUGGCGCACAAAAGCCCAAAGAUGCCAGCACCAAGAACAAAAUCUGGUCCUGCAAAUUCUGUACUUUGGAGAACUGUCUGAAGUUGGACAGAUGCUUAGCAUGUGGUCAAUGGAGAUAUUCAAAUGGUCCACCAGUGUCAACUCGUGCUCCCAACCUUGGCACCUGAGGCGUGCUCCCAACCUUGGCACCUGAGGGACUUUUUGGAGCAGCCAUGUUUCCUACGACUUGGUGUCUUUUUGUAUCUUUUGGAGCAGCCAUAUCCAAAUUCAAAUUUCCUCUUGUUCUCCAUAGCAAUCGUGAGAAUCACUUGUUUGAAGGGUUAAGUAGCAAUUUAAAGUUCAAAUUGAAUGAAUAGAAUGGGAAAAAUCAACCAGCAAAUAUGAAAACAAAUGUGGAAUUUCGCCCU